AUGACUUCAACCAAGAAGGAGAUCGCGGUGGAUGUGACGAACGUGGAGCUGGUGAAGAAGCCGCUCGUACCGGUGGAGGGGUUGAAGAAGUUUUCCGGGUAUCACUUUUCCCCUGCGCCGAGCGGGGUCGAUUCCAACCUGCUGAUCUUGUUCCAUGGGUUGGGGGAUACCGAUCGAGGCUUCUUCAACUUGGGUCAGAGCCUUCAAAAGACGUUGCCGCAGACGGCAGUGCUGACGUUACAGGCGCCUCUCCGCGUGCCUUUUCUCGAAGGUGAUCAUUGGACGUGGUAUCCCGCGUUCGACCAAUUCGCCGAACUGUUGACGAAACCCAAUCCGACAGAAACUGUCGCAAAUCUGACCUGCGUUCUGCAGCAUCUGGUGGGAAAGUGUGGCUGGAGAAGCAGCUCGAUCCACAUCUUCGGUUUCGGUCAAGGUGCAACCCUCGCCCUGGAAACCAUGGUCCACUGGUCCAGAACACAGCACUCAAACCUCGGCAGCGUCGUCUCCGUUCACGGCGAACUCAUCUCCCACCCAACCUCUGCGUCAUCCACACCAGUCCUGCAGAUCUACCGAUCCAACCGCUCCAUCCCACACGAUUCGUCUCGAUGGUCAUCGCACCGAAAAUCCACCUCUGCGCUCACACUGCACAGCCUACCAGGGUUGGAGGAGGACGAGUCGAUGUUGAAGGGGUCAGAGUGGGAUUCGGUCAUGACAUUCUGGAGCAAACUCUUUCGAAGUAGAUCAUCAUGGGAGCUGGAGGGAAAGGUUUCAGAAAUGGUAUAG